AUGUCGGCCAGCAGCCUCCUGGAGCAGAGACCGAAAGGUCAAGGCAACAAAGUACAAAAUGGAUCUGUGCAUCAGAAGGAUGGAUUAAAUGAUGAUGAUUUUGAACCAUACUUGAGUCCACAGGCAAGGCCCAAUAAUGCAUAUACAGCCAUGUCAGAUUCUUACCUACCAAGCUACUACAGUCCUUCAAUAGGCUUCUCUUAUUCAUUGGGUGAAGCUGCCUGGUCUACUGGGGGUGACCCACCCAUGCCCUACUUAACAUCCUAUGGACAGCUCAGCAAUGGAGAGCCCCACUUUCUACCUGAUGCUAUGUUUGGACAACCAGGGGCUCUAGGCAGCACUCCAUUUCUUGGUCAGCAUGGUUUUAAUUUCUUUCCCAGUGGGAUUGACUUCUCAGCUUGGGGGAAUAACAGUUCUCAGGGACAGUCUACUCAAAGCUCUGGAUAUAGUAGCAAUUAUGCUUAUGCACCUAGCUCCUUAGGUGGAGCCAUGAUUGAUGGACAGUCAGCUUUUGCCAAUGAGACCCUGAAUAAGGCUCCUGGUAUGAAUACUAUAGAUCAAGGGAUGGCAGCACUGAAGUUGGGCAGCACAGAUGUUACAAGCAAUGUUCCAAAAGUUGUUGGCUCUGCAGUUGGCAGUGGAUCCAUUACUAGUAACAUAGUGGCAUCCAAUAGUUUGCCACCAGCCACUAUUGCUCCUCCCAAACCAACAUCUUGGGCUGAUAUUGCGAGUAAGCCUGCAAAACAACAGCCCAAGCUGAAGACCAAGAAUGGCAUGGCAGGGUCAAGUCUUCCACCACCCCCAAUAAAACAUAACAUGGAUAUUGGAACUUGGGAUAACAAGGGUCCUGUAGCAAAAGCCCCUUCCCAGGCUUUGGUUCAGAAUAUUGGUCAGCAGCCAACCCAGGUAUCACCUCAGCCCGUAGGUCAGCAGAUAAACAAUAGCCCACCAGUGGUGCAGGCUGCAGCAGGGCAACAGCCGCAGCCUUUGCCUCCACCACCACCACCGCAGCCUACCCAGCUUUCUGUACAACAACAAGCAGCCCAGCCCACCCGUUGGGUAGCACCCCGGAACCGUGGCAAUGGGUUUGGGCAUAAUGGGGUAGAUGGUAAUGGAGUGGGGCAGUCUCAGAACAAUUCUGGGUCUGCUCCUUCAGAACCCCACCCAGUGCUGGAGAAGCUGAGGUCUAUCAACAAUUAUAACCCCAAGGAUUUUGACUGGAAUCUGAAACAUGGCCGGGUUUUCAUCAUCAAGAGUUACUCUGAGGACGAUAUUCACCGUUCCAUUAAAUAUAAUAUCUGGUGCAGCACAGAACAUGGCAAUAAGAGACUGGAUGCUGCUUAUCGCUCCAUGAACGGGAAAGGCCCCGUUUACUUACUUUUCAGUGUCAACGGCAGUGGACACUUCUGUGGCGUAGCAGAAAUGAAAUCUGCUGUGGACUACAACACAUGUGCAGGUGUGUGGUCCCAGGACAAAUGGAAGGGACGGUUUGAUGUCAGGUGGAUUUUUGUGAAGGACGUUCCCAAUAGCCAGCUGCGGCACAUUCGUCUAGAGAACAACGAGAAUAAACCAGUGACCAACUCCAGAGACACUCAGGAAGUGCCCCUGGAAAAGGCUAAGCAGGUGUUGAAAAUCAUUGCCAGCUACAAGCACACCACCUCCAUUUUUGAUGACUUCUCACACUAUGAGAAACGCCAAGAGGAGGAGGAAAAUGUUAAAAAGGAACGCCAAGGUCGUGUGAAAUAAAGGCAGCUCUCCUGCAAAGACUGCAGCAACGGUUGCACCUGAAUAUCCUUCUAAGAGAGAGAGAGAAAGAGAGAGAGAGAGAGA